AUGUCAAGAAUCAGCAGACAGCAGGUAUCUGAGCUUCUGCUCCAAGCUGAGCACCGCCUGCAGGGAAGCCCUGUUACCAACAAACCAUGUGAUGGCGCACUGGACACAAUUGAAGCUCUUGCUCCCGUCGCUGCCACAGUGCCUACCGGUGAACAAAGACUCGUCCGUAUCGUAAAGAACGAGACGACCAGCAACACCAAAACCAAGGAUUCCGCCGGCUCCAAUUGGUUCGAUCUUCCCAAAACCGUUCUUACUGCAGAGUUCAAGAGAGAUUGGCAGAUUCUUCGCAUGCGAGGCCUGCUAGAUCCGAAGCACCAGAAAAAAAGCUUAAGAACAGAAGCACCCAAAUAUUCCCAGGUCGGUCAGAUCAUUGAAGGCCCUGCCGAUUUCUUCAGCGCAAGACUUGCCCGCAAGGAAAGACGACAGACAAUCCUGGGUGAAGUCAUGAAAGAUCAUGCGAACGACAAGCUGAAGGCAAAAUAUGCCGCCAUUCAGAAGAAGAAGACGUCUGGUAACAAGGCCUUCUACCAGAAACUUGUCGCCCAGCGGCGCAAGGGGCGCGGCUGA